UCUCACAAGUGUGUGGUAGAGCCAAAGACAAACAACCAAGGGUCAUCUGAAAUUGUCCUCUGUUCACUAAUAAUCUUAGGACAAAGUUGGGGAGCUCACUCUUCAAGCAUAAGACUUACAGACAAGCUUGAUAUAAAGGCUUGGGCUGACUGUGUUGUGAAAUGGGCUGCAGAGGACCCGUAUAGCCCCCUUACGAAAGCGGUUUCCGCCCUUACUCCAUUGUUUCCAGCAAAUGUCAUACUGUCCCGGAAAUUGGCCAGGAUGAUUGAGGCCAGGCAAAAGGAGCAAAAGAAGAAGCAAAAUCGUCAAGAAACUAUAGCAGAAGCUAAGCAAUUAAAGAAGGACUGAAGGGAUGAACAGCAUCUCACACCCAGAGGAAAAUCACUUGGAAAAUUAUGCAGCUUUGGAGGGGCCCACUAAGAUUUCUUUUCUGGUUUUUAUGACAGUGAUCUGUAGUAAACAAAGUCUGAGCACAUCAAAGAAUCAUGUUAAGUUGUGACUUCUAGUGCAGCAGCCUCUAGGCUUUGGUGUAGUUGUUGAUGAUUAUUGUAAAUUGGCAUUUAUUAUGCUAUAAAUUCUUUAUAACUGACUUAGUCAUUUGCCAUUUUGCAGUUUAUUGUACUGUGAAAACAUCCUGUGGAGAAUAAGGACUAUACAUUAUGAACUCUAUUCAAAUAAUGGCUUAGAAUGGAGUUCUUUUCUGGAUGAAAGGAAUUGAGAAUGUAAAAAUCAGAACUAUCUUGAGGUGAAAAGUGUGUUUUGGCUAAAAGGCAUAUAGUAUAUUAAUUACAUAUUUUAUCAUUAUUGCUUAUUUCUUGGAAUAGAAUCAUUUCUGGCUUUCUCAAAGCCAAAUAUUAACCAAUGACUAUUUCUGUGUUCUACAUUUUUCUCAUUUUUUAGCCUUUGAGAUACUUAUCAGACAUUCUGUAUUUUUUUAAUCUAAUUUUAUGAAGAAUGCUUUUAUUGAAAAUGUAGAAUACCACCUACCGGGUAGAACAAGUUUUGUAUUAAUGAACACUGCCAUUUUCUUAGAGAUGUCUUGUUGAGUAAAAUAACACUAUGACUUAAAGCUUGCAGUAAAGGGACGCCUGGCUGGCUCAGCUGGUUAAGCAUCUGCCUUUAGCUCAGGUCGUGAUCCCAGGGUCCUGGGA